GGAGCCUCGCAACUACAGCGGAAAGGGGGAAAAGAAUUAGAACCCUUGCGUCUCCUCCGCUGCAAAUAACACCUUACAUCUCCUUCCUAUUCUCUAUCUUUUCGACAUAACCGCGGAAGGCGUUCCGCGUUUCUGCCGUAGCGCUCAGAUGGUAGCGUAACAGCUCUCUUCGAUCAGAAAGGAAACACUUUCUGUUAAUUCUUCUGAAGUUGCAGUUAUAGAGUUUCUACAUUUGAUAUAUUAGAUUAUGUGUUUUGCUUUGUACCAUUGUACUUUGGUUUAGGAUUUGUGGGAUGAUAGACUGCAAUGGGCACAAUGGACAGCGUAGUUGAUUCUCUAAAUAAUGCCUAUCAAGAUUUUGUUGCUGCAGCAGCAAAUGUGCUAGAAGCCAAAGAAAAUGCCGGUUCACUUAAAACAACAUCAACAGAUACUGCACUAGAAAACUUCAAGCAGAAGUGGGAAUUGUUUAGAGUAGCAUGUGAUCAAGCUGAAGAGUUUGUAGAGUCUGUGAAGCAAAGGAUAGGAUCUGAGUGUUUGGUGGAUGAGGCAACAAGACCUGUGGCUGGAAAACCUGGACAGGCUACCAUGACUGGUCUUCCACCCAUCAGCGCUGUUCGAUUGGAACAGAUGAGUAAAGCAGUUAGAUGGCUUGUGAUUGAAUUGCAGCAUGGCUCAGGAGCUGGUUCUGCCAAUUCAGCUCUUUCUCAUCCCUCAGCUCCUUUUGAUGCCAGGUUUUCUGAAGAUGCUGCUCAGUAGCAUUAACUUCCCUGUGAUGAAUAAUAAUUUAUAUAUCAUUAUGCCAAUUGUGCUUAGGGUGUACUGCUUUAGAAAUUAUAUACGGUUUUAACUAUUAGCUUUAAGUUAAAUGAUGUAACUUAUGUGUAUUGUGCAUGACAUGAUAAUCUUUAAAUUUUUUUGUUAGUGAUACAUAAUGUAUUAUAUCCCACAAAAUUGCAAGAC